GGAGAAACAAAAAAGAAAACAAGAGUCUUAGAACAAAAACUAGAGACUAUCAGAAAAGAGAGAGAUGAAUUAGAAAUGUUGAAAAUAAAAUUGAAACAAUUACAGACCAAGCAUGGUGAAGAUAUCAUCCACAAGACUGCACUUCACUGCAUUUACACCGAUGAUCAGGAAAAAUUACAAUUAAAAGGAGACGUAGAAAAAUCCACUGACAAAAACAUAAAACAUAUGAAUUCAGAUGUAACUGAUAAUCUAACUGAAAUAAAAAAUGUACAAGAAAAGUUGAAUGAAUUGACACCAACAAAAAACAUACAAGCAGCACUUCAACUCAUUCAAGAAAAGGUUGCUCAAGACCUACACAACAAAAUGAAGAAGUUACAACAACAAAAAGAAGAUGCAGGACAAUUGGACAAUGAAAUAAAGCAAAAGCUUUUAGCCUUUGAGAUUCAAAAUGAACAAAUUACCUCUUACAAACAGCUAUUUGAGAAAGAAAAGACAGCUCUAAGGACCAUCUUUUCUGAUAUAAUUAAAAAGAAACAGGAAAUGGAAAGUCAGUUGAAAAAAAUGGCCGAAAUUCAACUUAAAAAUACAAAAAGACUGAAAGAAGGACUGAAGCAGGACAAAGACAAUCUGGAUAAAGAAAGAGACAUGAUCAAAACCAAGAACAUGGAAUUAGAGGAGAUUAGGUCUGACAUCCAGAAACAAACUGCAAUGUUACAACUUGAAAAACAACAGAUUCAAGAAGACAGAGACAAGUUGGAAACGACAAAGACUGAACUUGACAAGAAAAAACAAUGUUUGACCAAUUUCCUGGAGGAAAUGGACAAAGAGAAAACCAAACUUAAAAAUGUGGUCCAACAUCUCAAACAACAAAGUAAAAGAUUCAGACAACUUGAAAGAAUGAUUUGCUCAACACAAACAACAAGAGACACAAAAGAUCAACAACUCAAAGCACAAGUCCAAAAACUAAGACUCACAGGAAUAAAACUACAAGAGGUAAAAGAAAAGCUAAAGGCUCUGAUGACAAUCAGCAGCACAGAAA